AUGGCUAAAGCCUAUGAUCAUUUAUUCAAAUUACUGUUAAUUGGUGAUAGUGGCGUUGGAAAGACGUGUGUGCUUUUGCGUUUCUGUGAUUCAGCAUUUAGCACAACAUUUAUCUCAACUAUUGGGAUUGAUUUCAAAAUUCGUACGAUCGAGCUAGACGGACGAAAAAUCAAAUUACAAAUUUGGGAUACUGCAGGACAAGAACGAUUUAAAACUAUUACAACAGCUUAUUAUCGAGGAGCGAUGGGUAUUAUGCUUGUAUAUGAUAUCACAAGUGAGAAAAGCUUUGAUAAUAUCAAAAAUUGGAUACGUAACAUCGAAGAACAUGCUUCGGUUGAAGUUGAACGAAUGCUCAUAGGAAAUAAAUGCGACAUGCACGAUAAACGACAAGUUUUACGAGAAAAGGGUGAAAAUCUUGCGAAUGAAUAUGGUAUUAAAUUUAUGGAAACCAGUGCGAAAGGAAAUCUUAAUAUCGAUGAAGCAUUUUUUGCUAUUGCCAAAGACAUCAAAGCUAAGAUUGAUAAAAAAGCCGGAGCUGAUCCAUCACGUAAAACAGUAGUAAUACCCAAAAAACAAGAUUCUCAUAAAAGCUCUGGCUCACCAUUUUGGUCUCGUUGUUCAUUAUUCUAA